UGUCACACGUUUGUUGGUCGUGAUGGCCCACCGACACCAGGUGGCGCUGGUUGUACUCAGAGGGGUGUAGGGGGAAAGGCGAUCGACUAUGAGAGGGACUGCUCUUGCACCUCUCAACUCACACUCGCACCUGCAGCUGAUCUGAUCGUACCCAUCCGUCCAGAACUUACCUACCUAUCCUACAUCAUGAGAUCUCUCUCUAUCUGCAUCUUCGCCGUCCUCCUCUGCACCGCUUUUUGUGCACCCAGGCUGAGGAGAGAUGCGGAGGAGUCAACUAAGAGCCCGGAGGUAGUAGCCGAGGAGAAUAAGGAGCAGAUAAAGGAAAUCCCAGAGGAAGCACCUGUCAAAGAAGAAGUAAAAGAGCCCGCAAAAGAAGAAAAGCCAGUCGAAGUAACUACUGAUGAGCAACCAGCUGUUCGUGAAGAUGCUGAACCAGAACCAGCAAAGGAAGAAGUCGCCGCUCCUCAGGAACAACCCAAAGAGGAGAAAAAGCCUGAAGUCCAAGAAGAGAAAAAGCCCGAACCUGAGGCUCAGCCAGAAUUGAAGGAUGCUCAAGAACAACCAAAAGAACCUGAACCUAAGGAAGAAGUGAAAGUUCCAGAACCAACUGAAGUAAAGGAAAAACCCGAGGAACCUAAGGUCGAUGAAGUCAAAGAGGAAGUCAAAGAAGAAGAAUUAGAGAAACAGGCUCUUGAAUCUUCAUCUGAACAAGUAGAAGUUGAAGGACGAAGCGAAGAGGAGGCAGAGAAGCCUGUUGAGGAAGUAUCUGAAAAACCAAAAGAAGAAGUGGUUGCUCCCGUGGAAGUUGCUGAGAAGCCUACUUCAGUGAAACCUGAACCCACAGCAGUGAAAGAACCUGAAACCCCCGCCCCCGAAGUCGUUCCUGAAGAUCCAAAGGUGGAAGUAUCUUCUCCAGCAGCGGAAGUACCAAAAGCCGAAUAAAGAACAAUCGCUCACGAUCUUCUCUCGAACCCGGAAUGUUGCGAAGAGGAGGGAAAUCACUUAAAAAUGGACUCAGUUUUAUGUUUUUAUAAGAACUCUGCUCUUUCAACACUGUUGGAUUCGUGAGGGAACAAUCCACCUUCCUCCAAGCUACCUGUUUUUAAAUUAAGCGCGUGAUGGGGGAUACGAGGGGGAGCAAUGGACGGCCGAGCUGGUUCUAUGGCCACCCGAAUCUCCCGGAUAAACCCCCAGGUGCGAUGUGGUGUCGGCAAACGCCUGGGGAAAGGCAUCCUCCAAUGAUAAGAGGAACCUUUGUAAUACUGUUGUAUACUCUAUUUAAUAGAAAAAAAUAAAGCUUUCGUCUUAUUUAUAAAAAA